AACAUAUUGAAUAUAACAUUUUUUUUCAGUGUAUAAUAUGGCACUUAAAUUAACGAAACAUAGAAAAAUAGAAAUUGCUUACAAAUUUAAUUUUAAAGAUUCUUAUGACUUUAAUUAAUGGCAGAACUGUUAAUAAAUUGUUUAUUUAUCAAAAAAGAAAUAAGGAGCAGUCACGUGAUUAACAGCAAAGUUCCUUAUUCUCUAUUCUUUUGUUAAUUUAAGUGAUGUAACGUAACAAUCUAAAGAAAUAUAUAUCGAGAUUAAAUUUCACGUGUUAUUCCUCAUUGACAAUUUUUUAAAACUAUUAUGUAAUCGUUUCAGAAAAAUUCUCUCCCUGGAAAUAAUCGAGGAGGAUUCCUACGAGAAGGACGCCCUUUUCUACGUCGAAUUGGGCGAACCAUUGCUGCAAGGAGCGGAAGCAGGAAUCGCAGCCGCGGCCGAGAUGAAGCAGCCGGAGGAGAGAACGGAGGAGGAGAAAAUGGCACUGCUGGGCAGACCGCGCCUGGGCGAGGUGUCCCGAGCGCAGAUUAGGAUUAAAGAAUCCAAGGAGUUCAAGAACACCGUGGAUAAGCUAGUCCAGCGAGCAAACGCCUCCAUAAUACUCGGUACAAGUUCUUGGAAAGAACAAUUCACGGAAGCGCUGACUGUCAGUGGGGGUGAUGAGGACGACGGAGAGGGUGGAAGCGGUCAACCUUCCAGACCAUCCGCGAUGGAUUAUCUUAUGCAUUCGGUUACCAUCUUUUGGAAGAUUCUCUUUGCAUUCGUUCCGCCUACAGGUGAGUGACAUUUUUUUUUUUUUUACAUUAAUACCAUCGCAUUGUAUGUACGGAAUAAGUUAUUUUUAAUAUACAUUCUAAUUUUUUUAUUGCUAUUUUU